AUGGCUCGUAUCUUGGCCACCCUCGCCGUGCUUUUCGCCAUUGGGUUUGCCCAGGACGCACCCGCCGCGGAGUCCUCCGAAACCCCGGAGGAUUCGCCCAGUGCCGACGUGGCGGCACCCAUCGACAUCCCGGAGGCACCGGCCCCAGAGGAACCCAUCGCCGCCGCCCCAGUGGAACCUGAAGCCCCGGAGCCUGAGCCGGUGGUGGCUGCACCCAUCGCCACCCAGCCACCCCCAGUGGCACCGGCUGCGCCCAUUGCCACGCCAGCACCAGUGGCACCAGUGGCGCCAGUUGCACCUGCGGCACCUGCAGCGCCAGUUUCCGGCAAUCCAGCUGUGGUGGAAAUCCCAGAGGCUCCCGAAGGCUUGGAAGGCGACAAUCUCAUCACAUAUCACCGUGAAGCUUACUUGAGUGCUUUGGCAUCUGCAAACAUCAUCGGCUCCAAGGGCUGCUGGCUCUAUGGGGACUACAUCAACGGCGUGCCCAAUAUCCGUGACCCCGUGAACUGCGCCCGCGCAUGCGAGAGUGAUGAGAAGUGCUACCACUGGAACUUCCAGGUCAUGUCCAAGCGCUGCGACUUUAAAGCUGAGAAUGGCGGCGUGAACCGCGACAUCAGUGACUGGAUCACCGGUGAUGCUGUCCGCUACCUGACUGCUCCACCCAUUGUGCCCUGA